AUAGGAGUAAAACUAUAUUUUUCUGCUACAAGGUUUUCUUGCAGUAAAAUUAUAUGAGUUUAUAAUCCAAGGAGAUCUACCACAAUUGUGACAGAGUCAAAGCAACCAGCAAGGGCAGCUUAAGAGGCUAAUAUAAACCUUGCGACUGAACGAUCAUGUUACACGAGAAGCGGAGAAGGUAUAUAGAAACCUUGCAGUUUCUCUAAAUAAUCAAAAGAAUUCAAUGGUGUGCUUACCAGUUACAGUAUGUAUGUAACUAGAUCCUCUUGUUUCCCACGGAGGGUUGAUUAUAUAGCUCUACGUUGCCUCCAUUACCUCAGGCAACAAUCUAAUAUAAAACUAUAUAUUCUGUUUUUGAAAGAAAAAAAAACUUAGUGCUGUCCCUCUUCUUCUCUUGGUUGAUAUUUUGAGACUAGAGAGGACCUAUUAUUUGUUUGUUUCAGUAUGGUUUACUAGUCUCUUCUCUUCAAGCAAGAAAUGGAGGUUUCUCUGAUAGGACUUCAAAAUGCAGGAAAGACAUCACUUGUAAAUGUUAUUGCAACUGGUGGAUACAGUGAAGACAUGAUUCCUACCGUAGGGUUUAACAUGAGGAAAGUGACAAAAGAAAACGUUACAAUUAGACUAUGGGAUCUUGGUGGUCAUCCUAGAUUCCGCAGCAUGUGGGAACGUUACUGCCGCGCUGUUUCUGCGAUUGUGUACGUUGUUGAUGCUGCAGAUCCUGACAACCUCAGUGUCUCGAGAAGUGAACUCCAUGAUUUGUUGAGCAAGAGUUCGCUUAACGGUAUUCCUCUUCUGGUUAUUGGGAACAAGAUUGACAAACCUGGAGCUCUGUCCAAAGAAGCCUUAACAGAAGAAAUGGGGCUUAGUUCGCUUACGGAUAGAGAAGUCUGCUGUUUCAUGAUAUCCUGCAAGAACCCUACCACCAUUGAUCAGGUCACUGAUUGGUUUGUAAAUCACUCAACAUCAAAGAACUAAACUUCACCAAGAACAUAUGUUCCCUCUUCUUGAUCUUCUUGCAUUAUCUGGUUGAUAAUGAUAAUACUUCUUGUAAGUCAGUUUUUUCAUGUGAUACAAGAGUUGGUCUUUAUUUGUCUUCUGUCACACUUACUUUACUGGUCUUGUUUGGUCCAGUCUUGCCUUUGUUUAUUACAUGUGAGUUGUUUUCUA